CUUCACAAUGCCAUUUCUCUGUGGUCCUCUCCUCCCUCCCUCUCUCCCCCGCUCUAUCUCUCUGUAAGCAGUAAUCUCCAGUCGCUCUCGCUGCCUCACAGCUUUCUGCCCUGCCACAGCACAUCUCUCUCUCCCCUCAGCUCCACUCUCCCCAGUGAGGAUGACAUCCCCGAAUUUGAUGAACCAGCGAAGCUCUCAUUCUGGCUGGUGGCUUCCGAGGGAGAACCCACAUGAACGGGCUUACUGGACGAGGAGGUGCCGUGUCUAAGGAGCUUCAUAGGAAAGCUGUCAGCUGUAGCAGUCUCUGAAUUAGUGACUACACCCGUCAACUCUCUAGAAAAGACUGCCUCCUUUGGAAAAAGCCUCAUUAAAAACACAAGACAGCCUGAAUUGCCGGACACAUGUCACAGGUUGAGCAGGAGAUCUCACUCGUCCAGAGGAAGAUGUCUGACCUUGAGUCAGUGCUGCAGCAGAAGGAUAUAGAGUUGAAGGCCUCAGAGACCCAGAGGACUAUCCUGGAACAAGACCUGGCAACCUACAUCACAGAAUGUAGUAGUCUAAAGCGCAGUUUGGAACAGGCUCGGAUGGAGGUGUCACAGGAGGACGAUAAAGCUCUGCAGCUCCUCCAUGACAUCCGGGAGCAGAGCAACAAGCUCCAAGAGAUCAAAGAACAGGAAUAUCAUGCCCAGCUGGAGGAGAUGCGAGUCUCUAUAAGACAACUGGAGGAGGACCUGUCUGCUGCCCGUCGCCGUAGCGACCUGUAUGAGUCUGAGCUGAAAGAGUCUCGGCAGACCAGCGAGGAACUGAAGAGGAAGGCUGCUGACUACCAGCACAGGAUACAGAAGGCCAAAGAACAGGGCAGAGUGGAUGCAGAGGAGCAGGUCACCAAGUUGGAGAAGACCAGUGCUGAGCAGCAGACCAGGAUCCAAGAACUUCAAGAGAAGCUUGCCAAGUCGUUAAAGGCUAGCGCUGAAGCUACAGACCUCCUUCAGAGUAUGAGAGCCGCCAAAGAGCGCAUGGAGCGAGAUCUGGAGAGGCUACAGAACAAGGAAGACUCCAGUGACAGCCUGCGUAGACGCCUCCGCGAGACUGAGGAUGGUAGGAAGACUCUGGAGAACCAGGUGAAAAGGCUGGAGAUUGUGGAGCGCCGGGAAGCUAAACUGAAGGAAGAGAUCCAGAGCAAGGCCCAGCAGAUUCAGCAGAUGGCAGAUAAGAUUCUGGCACUGGAGGAGAAUCUGCGAGAGACCCAAGCCACAGCCCAAAGACUGGAGACUCAUCUGAAGCAGAAGGAGAAGCUCUUUGAAGACAAGAUAAAGGUGUUGGAGGCCCAGAUGAAGGCGGACAUGGCUGAUAAGGAGAUGCUGGAGUCCAGUCAGAGCAAAUAUGAGGAGGAGGUGCGGGAGAAGUGCAGCAUCAUCAGUGAACAGAAGGCGACCAUAAAUGCUAUGGACUCUAAGAUGAACAGCCUGGAGCAGCGAAUUGCUGAGCUGUCUGAGGCCAACAAACUGGCAGCCAACAGCAGUAUCUACACCCAGAAAAACAUUAUGUGUGGUGUUGGCAGGAAAGCCCAGGAGGAGAUGAUUUCAGAGCUACGCCAACAGAAGUUCUACUUGGAGUCUCAGGCUGGGAAGUUGGAGGCCCAGAAUGCCAAACUGGAGGAGCAUCUUGAGAAAAUGAGUCAGCAGGAGCAAAGCAAUAAGAGUCGUGUUCUGGAGCAGGAAACUAGGCUCCGAGAGAUUGGGCUGGAACAUGAGGAACAGAAACUGGAGAUUAAGCGUCAAGUGACGGAUCUGACUCUGUCGCUGCAGGAGCGCGAAUCCCAGAUCAGCAAUCUGCAGGCAACUCGCCGCGCUCUGGAGAGCCAGCUACAGCAGGCUAAGACUGAGCUGGAGGAGACCACUGCAGAGGCUGAGGAGGAGAUCACCGUGCUUAGAGCACACAGAGAUGAGAUACAACGCAAGUUCGAUGCCUUGAGAGACAGCUGUGCGGUGAUCACAGAUCUGGAGGAGCAGCUGACCACACUGACUCAGGAGAAUGCCGAGCUGAAUCGCCAGAACUUCUACCUGUCCAAGCAGCUGGAUGAGGCUUCUGAUGAAAGAGAAGACCGUCUGCACCUCAGCCAGGACGUGGACAGGCUGCGUCGGGAGGUGGCCGACCGUGAAAUGCACCUUAACAACCAGAAACAGAACCUGGAGACACUGAAGACCACAUGCACCAUGCUGGAGGAGCAGGUUAUGGAGCUGGAGACCCUGAAUGAUGAGCUGCUGGAGAAGGAGAGACAGUGGGAGGCCUGGAGGGCAACACUGGAGGACGAGAAGAACCAGGCUGAGAGGAGGACCAGGGACAUCCAGAGACUGCUGGACACAGAGAAACAGAACAGGCUUCGUUCAGAGCAGCGCAGCUCUGAGUCUCGCCAAGCUGUGGAGCAGGCAGUUAAGGAGCACAAAGCUGAGAUCCUGGCCCUGCAGCAGGCCCUUAAAGACCAGAAACUCAAAGCUGAGAGCCUUGCCGACACUUUGAAUGAUCUGGAGAAGAAGCAUGCCAUGCUGGAGAUGAAUGCUCGCAGUUUGCAGCAAAAGCUAGAGAGUGAGAGGGAUGUGAAGCAGAGGCUGCUGGAGGAGCAAGAGAAACUGCAGCAGCAGAUGGAUGCCCAGAAGACACACAUCUUCCGUCUGACCCAGGGGCUGCAGGACGCUCUGGACCAGACUGACCUGCUGAAGACUGAAAGGACCGACCUGGAAUACCAGCUGGAGAACAUCCAGCUCCACCUGCAGGCUGUGUACUCCCAUGAGAAGGUGAAAAUGGAGGGGACCAUCACUCAGCAGACCAAGCUCAUCGACUUCCUCCAGGCCCAGGCCCACGGUGGCUCCAAGAAGAAAAAGGGUCUGUUUGGGCGACGUCGAGAGGACCUGUUGGCCGCCAUGGCUGCUCAGGCCCAGGCUCAGGGUCAGACUCAAGGCCAGGUUUCCCCUGUGCCUCCCAUCCAGCCGGUGCCUCUGCAGUACAGCGACAUGAAGGCAGCUCUGGACAAAGAGCGCACUCGCUGCUCUGAGCUGGAAGAAGCCCUGCAGAAAAUGAGAGCGGAGCUGCGAUCUCUAAGAGAGGAAGCGCUCCAGUAUAAAGAUCAUGGUAGCUCUGCAAACCCGGCGGCAGCACGACAGCAGAUGAUUAUGUCUGCCAUGGUGAAGUCUCCUGAGCACCAGCAGGGCCCAACCAACCUGGCACCCUCCAACUCAGAACGCAGGAAGGUGACUGCAACACCUGAGGAGUUUAGCCGUCGUUUGAAGGACAGUCAGAGAGACAGAGAGAGGGAGAGAGAGAGGGUGGUGCACCACAACACCGCUCACCGCUUCACAGUGGGACUCAACAUGAGAGCCGCCAAGUGUACCGUGUGCCUGGAUACUGUGCACUUUGGUCGCCAAGCUGCUACCUGUCUCGAAUGUCACGCUUUGUGCCACCCAAAAUGCUCCCCCUGCCUUCCAGCCACGUGUGGCAUGUCCAGCGACUGCUCCCUGCAUCUGCUUGAGGGCCUGUUACGGGAUAAAGGCAGCUCCACGGGCCAACAGCUCAAAGAGGCCAGCGGACACAUGCACCUGGAGGGCUGGAUGAAACAGCCCAGGAAUGGGAAGCGAGGCCAGGGCUGGGAGAGAAAAUACAUGGUGCUGGAUGGGACUAAAGUAUCCAUCUACGAGAUAGAGCCCAGAGAAGAUUCAGUGAAGCCGCUGGAAGAGUUUGACCUGUGUUUGUCAGACGGAGAGGUGGUUGUUCAUGGAGCAGUGGGGGCCUCUGAGCUCCCAAACACCGCCAAGUCAGAUGUUCCCUACGUCCUGAAGCUGGAGUCCCGUUGUCACGCCCCCUGCUGGCCUGGACAGUCAAUGUACUUCAUGGCUCCCAGUUUCCCAGACAAACAGCGCUGGGUGGCUGUCAUGGAGUCAGUGGUGGCCGGGGGGCGAGCCUCACGGGAGAAGGCCGAGGCUGACGCAGCUGCUGUGUCCAAAAGACAAAUGGUUCUGUCUCCUCUGGUCCAGAAGCUGCUAGGAAACUCUCUCCUAAAGCUGGAGGGAGACGAUAGGCUUGAUAUUAACUGCACCCUCCCCCUCACAGACCAGAUAGUUCUGGUGGGUUCUGAAGAGGGUCUGUACGCACUGAAUGUUAUCAAGAACUCUUUGACUCACAUCCCUGGCCUGGGAUCAGUCUUUCAGAUCCACAUCAUCAAAGAGCAGGAAAAACUGCUGAUGAUCGUUGGGGACGAGAGGGCGUUAUGUCUGGUGGAGAUUAAGAGAGUGAAGCAGUCCCUGGCCCAGUCCCACCUGCCCAGCCAGUCUGAGCUGGCUCCCUACAUCUUUGAGACAGUGAAGGGCUGCCAUCUGUUUGCUGCUGGGAGAAUAGACAACGGCCCUUGUAUAUGUGCUGCUAUGCCUAACAAGAUAACCAUUCUGCGCUACAAUGACAAUCUCAACAAAUACUGCAUUCGUAAGGAGAUUGAAACUUUGGAGCCCUGCAGCUGCAUCCAUCUGACCAGCUACAGCAUCAUCAUCGGCACAAACAAGUUCUACGAGAUUGAGAUGAAGCAGUUUGUGCUUGAGGAGUUCCUGGACAAGAACGACGUGUCACUAGCCUCAGCGGUGUUUGCAGCCUCGUCCCACAGUUUCCCCAUCGCCAUCAUGCAGGUGGCCAGCAGCAUGCAGAAGGAGGAAUACCUGCUGUGCUUUCACGAGUUUGGAGUGUUUGUGGACACGUACGGACGAAGAAGCCGCACAGAGGACAUUAAGUGGAGCCGUCUGCCUCUGUCCUUCGCAUACAGAGAGCCCUACCUAUUUGCCACCUACUUCAACUCUCUGGACGUCAUCGAGGUUCAGGGUCAUGCUUCUCUGGGUCCUACAGUGCUGGCUCACCUGGACAUCCCCAACCCUCGCUACCUGGGCCCGGCCAUAUCCUCGGGAGCCAUUUACCUGGCGUCCUCCUACCAGAACAAACUGCGGGUCAUCUGCUGUAAGGGAAGUCUGAUCAGAGAGUCAGGAGAGCUGCAGAGGACCGGCUCCAGCAGAGGUAGUCCCAGUAAGCGAGGCCCGCCCACCUACACAGAGCACAUCACCAAGCGUUUGACCUCGGGCCCUGGCAGCCAUGACGGCCUGCACCGGGAGCCCAGCACUCCACACCGUUACCGGGAGGGCCGCACCGAGUUCAGACGGGAUAAGUCUCCUGCCAGACCACUGGACAGGGAGAAGUCGCCCGGCAGGGUGCUCGACAGUCGCAGGGAGAGGUCACCUGGGAGAUUUGGAGACAGCACCCGACUUCAUGCAGGGUCUGUCCGAACACAGCUUGCCCCUGUUAACAAGGUGUGGGAUCAGUCAUCAGUGUGAAUCCAGUUCUGCUCCUCUCCUGACUGGAGGUCAAAGAGAAACUACGGGAACACCUGGAUCCACUCUGAGUGCAAGCACACACACAUGCACACAAACACACUUCACUCAGGCUGAACGUCAGCCCCAUCGCCUGUACAUAGUGCAGCCUCAGUUCCUCGUUCAACAACACAUAAACCUGCACUGGGAGACGUCUCCUGCGACAAUCCUGUCUUUUCUGACCCGUGCUUUGACGGGAGAAAUCCCGCCGUAGAUUUGGUGGCAGGGAACCUCCGCUGAUCUACACACAAAGAGAAUCUACUUUAUGAUAUGUACUCAAAGUUGUAAAUAUUGCUGUCUGAGUUUUUAUAGAUAAAGGGAAUAGUCGGCUGGUAAAGCCAUGUCUAUUUUUUUUAAAAAUGAGUUUCUAAAGAUGUUGCAGGGAGAUUACUGAUGUCGUUGGUUUACGAAAUACAAUAUCAACAUUUCAUUAGAAUCUGAAGUUUCAUGUUCGGUUUCUUCUCUGUUCGGAGAAUCAAACUGACAUUUAAUUCCUCACAUAAAUCACGAUAAGAGGGCGGUCCGAGGAGGCAACACUUUGCACAUGAGAUUGGAUUUGAACAGGAGUUACGAGCUUGUUCUUGUUACACGACCAGUCUACUUUCUUUGGAUCAAAUGUAUGGUCCUCUCGACUCAAUAGCCUUUGAUAUAUUAAUGCAUAUGAUUGCUUUAUUGACAGUCGUCGUUCGGCCAUACUUUGUAAAACAAUUAUUAAGCAAUGUUUUGCUCCAAGUGUUCCUUGUGUUGUUUUUUAGCAAACCUAAGAUCAAGAAACACGCAGCUCUGCCUCUGCUGCCGGAGCUUGCUCUUAGUCUGCUGCUGCUGCUGCUGCUGCUGCUGCUGAUUAUGGUACAGAUGUCCUGUUUCUGUGCAGUGGUAUGAAGUCUAGUAAACGUCAGGGGUCGUCACUUUCUAGUAUCGUUUCUUUAGAGCCAGUAAGACCACCUCCAUUCGUCACAUCAGUGAGCAUGACUAACUUAGAGCAGCACUUGUCGCUUUUCAAACUUGAUUCUCUCUUGGUUGUUCUUUUUUCCGUCACGUAUUCACUUGGAUUUGCAUUGAAUAAGUAGACGUUGAUGUUAGACAGUAACUUAAGAUUUUCUUGAUUUUUAGAGAUGUAUACCAGUACAUGCAUUAAACAUGAUUAAAGCGUCUGCUCUCUUCUUUGUGUGUUUGUUUUCAGCUGCAGAUAUUCCGCCAGGCAGUAAUCAGUGAGAGCAGAUAUCAGCACAACACAGUAGGUUUAUCUAGUUUAUUUUUCCUUUAAUUCUACAACAAUGUAAUGCUCUUUAAAGUAAAUCCGACAAAACAAAAUAUUCAGACUGAACAAGGAGCACUUGUUGUUACAGGAAAUUGCUAUGUACAGCUACACACUCCUCUGACAGACAUGAGAAGGUUCAAAGUGCUUAUCAAACAGACGGGAGGAAAAAGGGAGGAAAAUCAAACAAAAGCACGAGUGAUCCCUUUGUGAGAGACCCGUAAUAAAACUGCUUGGCACCAGUCUCCACCAAAAGAGACACACACACACACACAGUCACACUAAUGCAUUCACGCGCACACACUCAUGUCAAAUGAUUACUGGGCCGUUGCAGUGACGCCUCUGACAGAGCACGUCAGCGCAAGUGAAGAAAAAUACAACAUAUGCAGACCAAGACAACUUCUUGGGAGGGGGGAAAAAUAAAAGCACGGCAAGGGAUCGUACUGGCAACAUGUGUUAACUGAUGACUUGUUCACCAUGUUACCCGAUCCUCCCACACAACCAUAACGCUCGUUACAAUACUGAAAAGCACAGCACUCUCUCAGUUUCAGCUUUAUAUUGAUGCACUCUGUGGCAGUGUCUACUUUAUGUCAUGUGCAAAAAAUAGCUUUUUUUUUUCUUUUUUAAAGACAAUUCACAUUCAUGGAUUGUUGAACCAGACGAGCUUGGUGCCCCACAUGCCUGUGAUAGUGGUGAAAAUACAGAGUGAGGAUUCAUGCUGUCAGGGUGUCAGCGAGGCAAGCGUAAGAGCUUUGACCUGAUAAAGGGACAUUACGCAUUCUGAAUUUGAGAAACUGCAAAUUAUGAAGCCUUUUUUAACAUUUAGGACGUAGACACAGACGUUUGGGAGGAGUGUGAAGCCUUGGAACACAUCCCGAUCUAACAUUACAGGCCAGCUUUACAUCACCAAUAUAAACUUAGAUGUAAAAGUCAAUAUUGUGGUUUCCGAUCAAUUUUCCAGUUAAAACAAAUUUUGAAUUGGACUGUGCUUUUAAAGGUUCAGUGUGUAGGAUUCAGGUGGAUAUAUUAUCAGAAAUGCAAUAUGAGAGGUAUGUUUUUGUGUUUUUGUUACCUUCGAUUGAGAUGUUUAUAUCUACGUAGGGAGCAGGCCCUCAUCUAUGGAGACCGCCAUGUUGCUCCGCCAUGUUUCUACAGUAGCCUAGAACAGACAAACCAAAUACUUUAUUCAACACUAGUCUAGAUAGAGCCACUCACACUUUGGCGUCGGCCACCGUAGUUAGCAGCCCCUCCACAAUGAGCCAAAAAGCAUCUGAAAAACAUGGAUGUUUAACGUCAAACUGUUUCGUUCAGUGUUUUAGCGCUUUAAAUCACCGGGUCAAUUGGUUUUGGAGAGGAGACCUCUCUGGAAAAUCAGCUCCCAGUUAAAUCCUCCUGAACAAUGAACACUGAAGGAACUCUAACUGGGAGUUCACGCUUGGUACAUAGGAGAGGCUUCAGCUAGAUGCAGUCCUCAUAGCUACAUACCAAUCAGUCCUACACACUGUUCCUUUACAGCAGUCGUACCAUCUCAAAUCAAUUCUCAGACAUUAAUGUUUGGACAAAUGCUAGUCUUGCUGCUGUGGCAUCACAAGUGUUUUUGUAAAUAUUAAAUUGGCAGAAAUGUCAGCAUCUCGUCACGAGGGGGCAAACACUUAUUGCUAUACUAUUUGAAAGAGUGAAGGCCGAGCUGUUAAUGAAACACAUUCACCACUUCCACAGGAGGGCAGAGAGAAAAACACUUCAAGCCUGUUGUUGUUCUGACCACCUUUAAAAAAGCCGCUCCACUGCACACGCCUGCUGAUUCUAUCAACACAUCAAAAGCCAACAGGAGAAACACAUGAUCAGAGAUAACAGAUCCAGAAUGAUUAAAUGCUAUCAUGAUGUCAAUCACACGGUUAUAUUUAUGCAUUUCCUGUGAUAGUCUGAACUUGUGGGGAACCACAGCGCCUCUCUGGCCUGCUGCUGUCUGAAGCGAAAGUGGGCCCUCUGCUGACCUGACCCGCUGUAUGAUGAUGAAGAGAGAUUCAAAGAUUGGCAGUCUCAACAGUAAGAUCAUUCAAAUGAAAGUCUGCGGGCGUGUGCUGUACCUUUGCUGCUCCAGCUGACUAAAGGAAAAAAAAAAAAAAAAACACACAUUUUCAAUAACAACAACAAAGGCCAUUCUCAAUGAUGUAAGUCUGGAAAGCAAGAAUCACUCAGCUACUACAAGCCCAGUGUGAAUCUGUGUGUGUGGUGAAUGAGUGUGUGUACAAAGUAGAGGUAGUGUUUGUAAAUGGGUUUGAAUGGAGUAAUGUGUGUGAGUUGGGGGGGGGGGGGUGGGGGUUA